UGAAGUUUCGCACCCAUUUGGCGACCCAUCCUAAUCAAAAUGUGCAACUGGGAGUGCUGCAAGUCCAGGUCGCCGAUUGCCAAGCGAAUGGCGGCCAGGAAGCUCCUGCAGAUGGAGGAGGAGGAGCGACGGAAGCCCAAGCUGGUCAUCCCGACGCCGCAGAGCCUCUUCUACCCCUUCGAGGAUGUGGAGGCCAUGGCCAAGUACAUCGUGAACGUCAGUCACAUCAGGCCAAAGUACGGACUAAUCUGCGGCAGCUUCCUGAGCGACAUGGUCAGCAUGGUGGAGCAGCCGGUGGUCAUUCCCUACGAGGACAUACCCAACUUCCCCGACGGCAUUGAACCGGACUGCAGCUUCGUCUUGGGCUCGGUCAUGGGAGCGCCCAUAAUAGCGCUGGUCCACAGUUUCCACUCCUGCGACGGCUACAACCUGGCCACCUGUGCGCUGCCCGUCCGCGUGAUGCAGCUGUGCGGGGUAAGGACCAUCAUGCUGACCUCGGAGGCAGCGGCCGUGGAUCAUGGAUUCGCCCUGGGCGACAUUAUGCUGGUCCAGGACCACAUCAAUGUGGUGGGCAUGAUGCACCAGACGCCGCUGGAGGGUCCCAGUGAUCCGCGCUUUGGCAGCCGCCGAUUCUCAAUGGUGAACGCAUAUGACAAGGACCUGCUGGAGAAGGCACUCGAGAUUGGCAAGCGGAUGGGCAUCCAGAAGUUCCUGCACAGCGGCGUCUUAGCCUGCCUGGGAGGUCCCAUCCUCGGCACUGUGGCCGAGGAGCGAAUGCUGCGGACGAUGGAGGUCAGUGCCGUGGGCAUGUCCCUGGUGCCCGAGGUUAUAGCCGCCCACCACGGCGGCCUGAAGGUGCUCGCCUUUGUGGUAAUCAGCAGGGUGGCCAGCGACAAGCAGAGCGAGGAGGGCGAUAAGGACAAGGAGAAGGACACUGACAGGGACUCCAAGCAGGAAAAGCGGGAGCCGGAUUCCCAGGAGCUGGUCCCACUCCCAAGACUGCAGGCCUGCUCCGAUCUGAUCGGCCGACUUAUGUACUGCAUGCACCUCGAGAUCUGACGAUCGAAAAUAGACUUCUCGAAUCCCCACCCGA